GCAGACUCAGCUGGUGCAGUUGACUCAGUCCUUUAUUUCUCUCUACAGGAAUCUCACUAGCACAAGAUGAAGCUGACAUUCGCUCUCAUUCUUGCACUCCAAGUGUCAGUGUGUGUCUGGGCACAGGAAUGGCCCGUUCCUGACAAGGAGUUAGUGGAUAAAUAUGACGGACUGAGGACAGUUUUCAUCAAGAGGCUUGUCAAUGCUUGGGAAAAGAUCAAAACUGCAGUUGAGCCAGCACUAGAGGGCUCACCAACAGCAGGCAGUCUGAAGGAUGUUGUUGAGGAACUGAAGAAAAGCCCAAGAGUGGAGAGCUUCAUCAAAAUCGCUGGUGGUUUGGCCUCUGAACUCGAACCAGUUGUGGACAAAGCUCGCCUGAAUGCUCUCGGUGUUUACGGCCAUUACUUCAGACCCUAUGUUGGUGCGUACCUGGACAGUGCCAUCAACAACGUCAAGCCCGUGCUGGACACCGUACUGCCCCAGGGAAAUUAAGAGUCUUGUUGACUCCCUCAACCAUGUAUUUUCAUUACUUUAAUUAUGGAUACCAAUCUGACAGCUGUGUGUCCAUUCGUUAUGUCAGUACAGUUAGUUUUUGCAUGUAUAUACUGUAUCUGUGUCUUUGAUACUGUCCUGUUCAGAGCAGGAAAAUAACAUCCCGUCCAGC